AAAAAAAGCUUGUUGUCAGUUAAAACGGAAGGGAAAGAAAUUAGAGAAAAUUAGGUUUAUUUCUUUCUUUCUUUAUAGGUUAUUUAAUCGGUCAAUAAAGUUCGAAUUCAUUUCUGAAUCAAGUACAAAUACAAUCAUUUUUCUUUAUUGAUUUGAUUUGUUUUUAUUGUAUAAACAAUAUGUUUUUUAUUAAUCCCAACUUUCUCUAUAUAAGUGUCUUUCAAAUUUGUAACAACUAAAACAAUUUGUUUUUAUUGUAUAAACAACAUGUUUUUCAUUUAUCUCAACUUUCUCUGUAUAAGUGUCUCUCAAAUUUUUAAAAAUUGAAACAAGAAGAAGGAUUAGAGAAAUAAACCCUUCAUUUUCCUGUACUUUUUAAGUUUACGCAAUAAAAAUAAUAUAAAAUAUUUGAUUUGUCUCCCUGCAAUUCAAUAAAUUAUUAUUUUGAUUGUUGACAGUUAGUUGAAGAAUUAAAAUCACACAUAUUAUUUAAUUGAAAUUAAAUACGCUUAAUUGAAUAUCAUUAAUUGAAUAUCAUGAAAACUACAAUAGAAAUUAUGCAAUAACAUAAGGACUAAAAAUUAUUGUGUUCCCUAAUGGAGGAUUGUCGGGUCAAAAAAGGCCCACUGUGAAUAAGGAACACACUGAGAAAGGCCCAGUACUAGUUCGCCGUCAACUCAAAAAACUAUUUGGGGCCAACAGUGACGCCGCCGGCAAGCCCUGGGACGAUGGGUGGUGAUCGGAGCAGCAGCAGUGAAGAGGAUGGUGAUGCUGAUUGGAGAGCCGCUAUAGAUUCUGUUGCUGCUACUACUACAUUUAGCAAAGCUCAUUCAUCAGCCACUGCUACUACUAACGGAGAAUCUGUUGCCCAAGAAGAUGAAAUAGAUACUAUUAAACAACCCCAGAAGCUCAAACAUUAUCAAAUUAAGGCCCUGAAGACUUUAGAAGACAUGUUAGACAAGAGUAUAGAAAUAGUGAGAGAGGUUGAUCAUGCUUCGCAGGAAGAUACACCCUCAACAAAUGGAGGUGGAAUUCGGUUGUUUAAGCGUGCUCCACCUGGGAUUGUGUUUGAUCACACAGAUGAACUCCAACAACCCAGAAAGAAACCAAGAAUCCGUCCUGGGAAGGAAUUUGAGGAGAACUCAGAGGAGUUUAAAUACCGAAUCAAGUCCAUUGCUGUUGAUGGGAUGGAUAUUUUAGCUGCAUCUAAAAAUGCUUGCCAGAAAUCAUUAGCCAGACUAGAAGCAAGAGAAGCAGCAGUUAAAGCAGCUGCUAAAAGAGAGGAAGAAAGAGUUGCAGCAUUGAAAAAAAUUCGGGGGGAGAGAUGGCUCCCAUCGGUCGCCAGAGAUAUGCAGUUAAGGCUUCAACGACGUUGAUACCUGUAGACGGACUAGGCUUCCAUUAUUCAGCACUCAUCUUUCAUUUCUUUUACUCUUUAAAGUUUAUAUUGCUCAUUUCAGCCUGUAUUUUAUGUUAGGCUACCUGAGCUGUUGCCCUUGUCAGUUCCAGAAAAAUAGGUUGACUCUAUUUCUGUAUUGCCAACAAAAGAGUUCUUCUGAUUAAAUUGUUUUGACAUUUGUGUAUUAAAGUUAAAAAAGUAUGGUUAUUGGACUGCCAUUGGCAAACAA